GCGCGGCAUGGCGGCCGGCGGGGAGCGCAGGGGCGCGGGGCUCCCCCGCCAGUACGUGUUCCUGCUCCCAGAAUGUUUGAAAGAUGCUCCAAAGAUCAAAAGCGGGCUAAUGUUUGUAAAAUUGGCUAACCCAUGUUCAGGGGAAGGAGCCAUGUACUUGUUCAAUAUGUGUCUGCGGCAGCUGUUAGAAAUAAAAGUUUUCAAGGAAAAACACCACUCUUGGUUUAUAAAUCAAUCAGUUCAGUCAGAAGGACAUCUCCACUUUGCCACACCAAUGGAUCCCUUAUUUCUGGUUCUCCACUAUCUCAGAAAGGCUGAUAAAGAGGGAAAGUUUCAGCCACUAGAUCAAGUGGUAGUAGAUGACAUGUUUCCGAAUUGUGUCUUGUUGCUGCAGUUUCCUGAACUGGAGAAGUUACUCUGCCACGUGACAGACGAAAAAGAAAUAGACGGCAAGAAAUAUUACAAAUACAGCAAAGAGAAGACAUUAAAGUGGCUGGAAAAAAAGGUUAAUCAGACUACAGCAGCAUUAAAAGCCAGUAACAUCACUGUUGGAGCCCGGGUACAGUAAGCUGCUUUUUUACCUGGUGACCAGGUGUCCAGAGAUAAGGAAGAGGAUUAUAUUCGUUAUGCCCAUGGUCUGAUAUCUGAAUACAUUUCUAAAGAAUUAAGUGACAACUUAUCUAAAUACUUAAAGCUUCCAGAACCUUUGCCUUCAUUACCAAACCCUCCAUCAAAGAAAAUAAAGUUAUCAGAUGAGCCUGUAGAAGCAAAAGAAGAUUACACUAAAUUUAACACUAAAGAUUUGAAGACUGACAAGAAAAAUAGCAAAGUGACUGCAGCUCAGAAGGCUUUGGCUAAAGUUGACAAGCGUGGAAUGAAAAGUAUCGACACCUUUUUUGGUGCAAAACUUAAAAAAAAGAAAUAAAACUUUGCAAAAGGAAUCUAGCAACAAUUUAUU